AUGCACACUCCUGCUACUUUGAAAUAUGGGGAGUUCCCAGUUGACUCGGGUGAUGAGGACGAUUCUAAGCCGGUGUUGCAGUCUUUGAAGGCCUUUGUUUAUGACCCACAAGAUGAUACCGAAGAGGUACCGACUCCCUCUCCGCCCCGUCCCGGGUUGCCUCCUGCCCCUGCACGGGAGCCGCCAGCUCCAAAGAGUCCUGAAGGCACUGGGCCCCCCAAGGUGGUUGAGGCUGUCCCCAGCAUGGAUCGUGCCACCACCAAAAGUUUGGAAUCUGAAAAAGUUGAGUCUGCUUUUGAUGCGUUUGCCAUGUUGCAAACGGUGUGUGAUGCUGACUUGCUUCUGAAUUCGAAGAUGAUACUUCCAACGUACUUGGAUGACUUGGUCCUGGGUGCAACCAAACUUCCCCCUUGGGAAAAUGAGAAGUCAGCAUUGAGUCUGCAUCUAUGUUUGGGGACGCAAUUCAAUGAGGGGAUAGAACCAGACAACAUGAUGCAGCUUUCCCCACAUGUCGUCACAUGGAUGCAGCAAUUGGUGAACACCCCAUGUGCUACCAUGUGGGAUGCUGAGUCUCAGAAGGCAAUUGAAGCUUACACCAGCAUGCGAAAGUCUUCGGAAGGCUUCCAUGAGCGGAUCAAUGCUACGGAAUCUACUUUGAGUGCUGUUGCAUCUGCUGCCAUGAGGAGUUUUGAUGACACCCGGAAAAUGUAUGAGGGAAAACCCAACCAGGAACAAAUGUUGAUCACAAAGGCCACUACGUUGUGCAAAUGGGUCACCAGCCGCCAGUCACAGGCCCAGGAGUCCUUGGAAAAGGCUGCUGCAAGGCACGAAGAUGUCCGUGCUGCCUUUCUGGCUGAGGUUUCCCGCAUGGUGGUGGCUGCACACCAACAAGUCUCUGAAAAAGAGGUCCCUGUGGUAGAUGAGAAUACUUUGUUUGAACAGCUUGACAAAGACCUUGAAAAUGAACUCGGCAUGGGAUCCACAGAACCAGAAAAGGUUUCUCUGAAGGAGACCCCUGAGGAGGUUGUUCCUGAUACCAAGAGGUUUGAAGCCAUUCUUUCGACGGCUUUAGCUGGGGUGCCAGUUGAUGAUCCAACCCACAAAGCGUUGGUAGAGAACUUGGGGAAGGUCUACACCAGGACCCUUUUUGGUUCUCAACCUGUCCAUCCACCUGCUGGCGAUGAUCAGACUUCAGCUGAUGACAAGGCACCGGCUAUGAUCAAGAAGGAAUCGUUGGCCGAGCCUGCUGAUCUGCCAGUACCUCCAGCUCGAGCUCCUGCUCCGGCUCAGGAUCAUGAGUCUUUGGCGAAUCACCCUGAUGCUGUACGUUUGGAUGAUGGUUCCCUACGUUUCCGGCACAAGAACAAACUUGAGACCUGGGAUGAACGCACUGCGAGAAUUGCUCAUAACCAGUAUGUGAAAUUUUCCCGCAGUUUUGACAAUCGUCCCUUGUUGACCCGUCUCUAUGAAGAGUGGGUGCAAGCAGGAGGCAACUGGGCCCAAAGUACCAUAGUGACCAACCACAGGGCCAAAACUGGCCAGAAGAAACGAGGAAAGUAUGUGUACAAGCCCUUCAAGGACCUGAGAGAGAAGUUUGGACCAAGCCAUGCGAAAAACAUUCGGGAUGGGAAGUACGAGUUGGAGGCCAAGAGGGAACCAUCCGACACGUCGCCGGCAUAUUGGUGCAAGCACCCAGAGCUUCCAAAUGACAAGGAUUGGGAACUGUUCCGGGUUUGGGACAGUGCUGAAGUGGAGCACACCGAAGAGGAUGAAACGGAACAUCAUUUCCGUCACCAUGCUGAGCUCACAUCAGAACAGACUGGUGCGGUUAUGUCAGAUCUGGUGAGGCGACCUGGCCACCAUGCUAUCCCGAGUGCUCCUGCUUGCCCUUCGAAUGCUGCUGCGCUUCCGGGUGCUCCUGGUGUGGGCCAGCCAGGUUUGGGUGAAUCACAGAAACCAGAGGCAGAUCGAAAGAAAGCACCAAAGGCCCCAAGUUUGCAACGCAAGUUUGCUGGGAAAGUGUCGACUCUGUCCAGCAAGAUCACUGAGCUCAAGUGCAUGCAAACACAACUCAGUGCUUCAGAUUUGUCAGACUCAAUGAAGACAGCCUAUGGGGAAGAGCUUUCAAAAACGAUGGCAGGGCUAGAUGCUGCCAAGAUCGCCCUUGAAACUUGGUACGCUAAGCGAAUCCCGGAAAAGGACAUCGUUGAUGGAGUGAAAACUACGUAUGAUGACUUGAUGGCCCUUGGAGACCAAGAGAUCAAUCGAUUCACGGGGACGACCAAGUCGAUUCGCAAUGCCAUAGCUCCUCCAAAGCCAAAGCCCAAACCAAAGGCGAAGGGCAAACCUGCUGACGAAGUGCCAGCUGCUGCUGCUGAAGCAAACCCGUGA